AGGUAACAGUUGUUUAUAUACAUCUUGAUAGAGUGUCUGCCAAAACAUUCAUUUUCCCUGGAAUUGUCUUCACUUUAAAUUAAUAAUUCAUCAACUGUUAACUCUGAAUCAAUUGUCUUUUAGCCAUCUUCCUUGCAUUUAAAAAAGCUAAUGGUGAAUAGUCAAUGAGUAAAGUGAAGUGAGCUCCUAGCAGAUAUUUAGUAAAUUUUUGAGAUAGACAUUCUUUCUCUAUUGUGGAGGAUCUGGUUUCCAGCUAAUGAAAAAAUACAGGAUGUAAAGUUUCUUGAUAUUCUUGCAUGAGACAUGCUACUUUGGCUGUAGAAGAAGUGUCUGUAGCAAGAUGAAAUGGUCUGUUUCUGUUAGAAGUUAAGAAUAUUGUCCUUCCAAAAUGCGUAUUUGAUCUCCCGAUCGUCUCUUCUAAUUCCCUAGACGAUGUUAUUUUCUUAAAUUGUCCUUUCUUGGUGAGGUUGGUUAGUACUGAAGGAAGUGCUGUAUAGUUUGGUAGGAAACAUCUAUAGAAAUUACUAAGUCCCAAAAUGCUUCUGACUUGCUUUUUGGUUGUGGGCACUUGAAUGUCUAGGAUACGCUUGAUAAUAUUGUCCUGUGGUAUCUAACUCUUAUGUCCUGAAAAAAUCACUUCUGCCAUGGCUAAUUUAAAUUUACUGGGUUUGACUGUAAAGCCAUGUUGCUGGAGUAUGUUAAAGACUUCUUUUAGUCCUUUCAGAUGCUCUUUCCAAUUUUUAUGGCAAUCAAAUAUCAUCAAUGUAGGAAACUGUCCUUUCUCUAUCCAAAUAAUUGAUGAAUAGCCCUGUUAAAUGUGCUACUUGCAUUGACUAGUCCAAAUGGCAUAUAACUAUACUUAAAUAACUUAAAAGUCCAAAUGCUGUAGUGAAGACAGUGUAAGGUUUGGAUUAUUCUUUCAUGGGUACUUGAUAGUAUUCUCUGGAUAAAUCCAUGAAAGAGCUCGUUGCUAUGGAGAUAGUUGCAGAAAACUAAAAAUAAACUUAGCUUCAUAAUGCUGCAUGACAGUAUAUAUAUAUAUAGAGAGAGAAAAUCAGUAUGUAAAGGUUCAUGUGAAAACUUAUUGCUAAUCAUACAAUGUUAGUAGCCUAAAUACAAGUUUUCAUAGUAAAUAUUUCUAAUAAAAAAACAUUGCAUUAUAAGUUCUUACCAAAUAAAACAACUUAUUAUUUACUAUUUUAAUUCAAAACCAAUUAUGUAUUUAAAACAAGAUCAAGGGGGUAAACUGAUGUUCAAUUGAAAUCAUAGCUAGCGCUGAUAGUCUUUUUUGUAACACCGCUGAUCUUAGGUAAUUUUUAAUUACCAUAGUGUUAAUUUUGAAAAUGGCCAUUUGUAGCUACUUACUGACACAGAGUUAUAAGAAUUUGCAGUACAGUUACUAAAUUUAACCAAGUUAAGGAUAAAUUAUCUCAACAAAUAUAUUCUAGUACUUCAAUGUGACCCAUUUCAUGUUUUCAAUCAAUUUCAGUUGCUCUUUAUUCAUAAAGUUCCUUUCCAUUUAUACCUGAUUGAUUUUCAGUUAGAUCAUUUAGUUUUGACUGUAAAUUGGAACAAUGUUUCUAAAAGUCUUGGUUGCUUAAAUUUUUGACACUAGUUACUUAUUUUAUAGAAAAUAUAAUAAAUGUUUGUUAUUUCAAUAUCUCAAAUCUGUCAUUAAAAUAUUGUAUAAACCAUUCCGGUACAUUAAAAUGCAUUGGCUUAUUGCACAGCCCUUCUUGAACCUCUGCCCUGUGUGGUUGCUCAAUUGUUGUUUUUUUCCCUUUUAUAUAUUGAUAAAGUUUGUUUUUUUGUUUCACUGAAAUAUGUUUUAGUUGUUGUCUUAGUGUCCUCAUUUUUUAAAUUAAAUAUUUAAAAAAACUCAUUUUGUGCCAACUAGACAGUUACUGAACACCAAAACAGAUUAUCAUUCACAUCAAGUGAAGUACUGUUUAAGCAAUAGAUCAUCAAUCCUAAUGACUUUUACUGAAUUUGGAAAUAUUAAAUUUAAGGACUGAAAUUCCUCAAAGGGUGCUAUCCCAUUUUCCAAAUAUUCAAUGCACCUUUGGUAGGCAUAUUUCAUGAGUGUCCAUCACUUCUUGCAUUCUUCUUGGUGGACUUCUCAACAGUUACUACAAAAGUUUUUUCAGUGAAUUUACUUUGUAAGAUGCUGCAAACCUCCAAUGCUGAUGUUUCUUCCCUUUCAGUGGCUGCAAUUUUCAACUGAAAUGACUUCAGCAAAGUAAAAAAAACAAACUUCUGAAAUCUGUUUUUGUUCUCAAAUAAUUUUUUGUUCAGCAUUGAUGUUGGAUCUAAGUUUAUGAAGCAUGCUUUCAGUGCUGCGCAUGACUGAAAUAUCUUAUUGAUAGCUGGAAGUAAGCUGAGCCAACUAGUUUUGCUGUGGUAUUUUAACUGCGCAUACAAUUUUCUAAAUAAUUUCUGAGCCUGCAUUUAAGUAGCAGUCCAUUGACUUGUAUGAUAUAUGAUGAGCGACUUUAGAAGUUAAAGCAUAUGUUUCAGUAUGUUCUAAAUCAGUGCUACUUUUUUUGCAUCUGACAUAUAGAUCUAAAGCUAAAUCAUUUUUUUUUUUGUUAAUCCUGUUAACAAUAACUAACAUGGAUCCUUUUCUUUUGUCAUGAGAAUUUCUAUUUAAAAAAAAAUGAGUGAAUGAUGUCUCUUCUGUGCAAUAAAGUUACAUCUGUUACAGUUGCUAUAUUGAAACUAAUGCCUUUUUGUCAUUAUAGCAGCCAUAAAUAAUAAUAUUUUAAAAAAUUAUUAUUAUUUUUACUAGCAAAAUUGUGUUAGAAUUGAAUACAACUGUCAGAUUUAUCUGGGAAACAAAUAUACAUGUUCAAAGAACUCACUAGUUUUAAUGUGUAAAAACAUGUCCUAAUUGAACUCUUUUUUAUAUUGUUCAUUAACAGUUUUUGUAUUUGUUAUUUGCUUGUUAUUUUGCAUCUUUAGAUUCUAUUUUAUGACAUUUGCACUGUGUUGUCCUAUUGAAAAUUAUUGCCUGUUAUGUUACUGCUAUUUAAAAGCUACUUUUUAGUUACUAUUAAAUACAUUCUUCCUAAUACUGAUGUAAACAAUUAGGUUGUUUUUUCCCAUUCAUCACCAGUUUAAACACUGGAAACUGCAAAAGAAGCCUUUUGGUUCCUAUCAGUGAUUCAGUUGAGUCAGGUUAUCUUGUCCUCUGGCUUUACACUAUCAUGUGCUGUACAGAUUACAAAGCUGUGCUAGAUAAAAAAAAAAAAACUACUAAAGGCAUGUGCUGACACAUUAGCAAUAUAGACAGUUUUGAUAAAAAACAUUGAUAACUAGAUCUAGGUGUCAAAUAACUUUUCACUGUGAUCUGCCUGUAGCACUGCAGAUUUACAAUACAUUUUUUGUUUGUUGGUUACUUUUGAAAAGACUUAGUGGAUUUAUAAAAUCAUGGCUGAAGGGCUCGGCGAAGAUCAAGUCAAAGAACUGAAAGAAGCCUUCAACCUAUUUGAUAAAGAUGGUGACGGAUUCAUCACUACCAGUGAGUUAGGAACAGUUAUGAGGUCAUUAAAUCAGAACCCUUCAGAAUCAGAACUGGAAGACAUGAUCAAUGAAGUAGAUGCCGAUGGAAGCGGAACAAUUGAUUUCAACGAGUUUCAUCGCAUGAUGGCCAGAAAGUUAAAAGAAACAGAUACAGAGGAAGAACUCAAGCAGGCAUUUAGGGUAUUUGACCGAGAUCAAAACGGGUACAUCUCUUCAUCGGAGCUGCGUCAAGUCAUGACAAGUCUAGGAGAGAACUUGACGGAUGACGAAGUGAAUGAAAUGAUCAGAGAGGCAGAUGUAGACGGCGAUGGACAAGUGAACUAUGAAGAAUUUGUCAGAUUAAUGACUACAAAACAAAUGGGAGAUUCGAGAAAUUAAAAAUCAACGGUCUAUCUUUGUUAGAAAUAUGUUCAAACUUGUUAUACAAAUGUAAAAAUCUGGUCAAUUGUGGCACUAAAAAUAAAUAUUGCAAUGAUCUAUUAUCAAUAAAUACGUUUUUUCCGCCAA